UUGUCAGUAUCAGAUCGACUGCCGUGAAGUGUACACACAUCAAAAAAGCCCGAGAGUCACAAAAGAAAAAAAAACCUGAACCUCUCUGGGUUAUUCUCAACCGCGAGAACACUAUAGUCUGACUUAAAUAUUCAUUUGUGAUUUCAAUACACCUCUACCAAAAUUCCCCCACAUAUGUGUCGCGAAAGUGAUAAUAAAAUUCUUAAUAUGUUCAACGAGAGAUUGCCAUCGUGCCAAAGCACAUGAUAAAAAUCAUAAUAUAACAUAGUUGCUUAUCAAAUGUGCAUUUAUCUCUUUAAUAGAGUCAUAUUUGUUGGUAAAAAAAAAUGUUCCUUAAUAUUACAACACCUACACCAAGUAUUAUUUUUAUUGCCUCCUAAUUGAGACUACCAAAAAAAAAGCAAAGUAAAAUAGUGAAUUUGUGUUCACCGUAUUAAUUAGUUUCGCAUGCGAAGUAACACCAUCAAAGAUAGAAGCAACGAAAGACUGAAGUUUUUUUCGCAUUAAAUAACGAGACACAAUUUUUUUUGCCAUCAUCAAUUAAUUUACCGGGGACAUCGUCUGAAGCAACGGAGAGGAAACCAUCGGGUGCCCCAUCAGGAAAGGAUUUGGGUGAUAAGGAUUUCGACAUAUCACUGGGCGGUGAUUCGGGCUUUAUGUCAUCCGAACAGUGUAUGUCCCUGAGUGAGAUUCAGAGUGACUUGGGUAAGAGUUCCAACAUCAGUGGACCACAGGCACCAUCCCGCAGUAGCCAGGAGGACCAGCAACAUCGGUCAUCCAGCAAGAAGAUCACCAAUACCUCAUCAGCCCUCGAUUCGGGUGUCAUUACAGACAGUGGGGUGGCAUCGUGCGGAGAAAUGAUCCUGGAUCGUGAGGUGAAUGACAAUGUGUCAGAGUGGUUCUGCAAUUUGAACCUCAACAGCCAGCCAAUUAACAAUUUGAGCGGGCAAAAGUCCGCCAAGAGAGAACGUUCGGUUGAUGUUACAAAGUCACAGGCAUGCACAGAUGUACCUGCUGUCCAGGAACCCUGGGAAGUGUACUAUCUCCAAAAUUCAGAUGGUGACACACAUCUGCACUUGGCGAUACUUGAUGGCCAUGUGGAUGUAGCGAAAGCUCUAAUCCGAAUGAAUCCCUACCCCUGCCUCCUGGAUAUUCAGAAUGACUUUUUCCAGACACCACUUCAUCUAGCCGUGAUCGUGGGUCAAUAUUCAACAGUGAGGCACCUAAUUUUGGCUGGUGCUGAGCCCACCAUUCGGGAUUACAAGGGAAAUACUCCACUACACCUGGCGUGCGAAAAGGGUGACCUAGCGUGUGUUCGUGCCCUCACAGUGCCAAUUGCAAUGACUGAAAUCCAAGAUGUGUUCCGAACAAAUAGCUCACAUACAGAAAGUAGCAGUAAGAAGAAAAGAAAUUCACCGAGUAUUCAACUUCCUGGGGAUUUGGAUAUGAGGAAUUAUGAUGGAGAAAAUUGUGUUCAUUUGGCUGCUCGAGGAAGGCACGUUGACAUUCUUCGGCAUUUAAUGUGGUGCGGAGCAGAUAUUAAUGCCAAGGAAGGAAAGAGCGGUGAAACACCACUUCAUAUUGCAGUUGGGCAGGAAGAUGAGCAACUUGUUAAUUUCUUGGUAACAGAAUGUCCCAAAAUUAAUCUGGAAAUUUGCACAUAUGGCGGCAUGACAGCUUAUCAAUUUGCUGCUAUCAAUCGAAAUCAGAUUUUAAUGAAAAAUCUUGCACGAGGAGGAGCUGAACCAUUGACACCACCUGAAAGUGAUUAUGACACAGAAUCUGAUUCAGAUGAAAGCCAGAUGGUGGAUCUUUUUGGAUCACCUGGAUACUUUCAGAAAUUUAAUGGGGCCAAAGCGAUAAAUGUUGCAUAAAUGCGAAGAAUGCACACAAACAUUUCUUCCUAAUACUAUUUUAAUUUAAUUAUUUUUUUUAGGAAUAAAAUGUUCAUGUAGUUCAUUGCAAAUUAAAAAAUAUCAUACAAAAUCCAUUACUCCAUAAAAUAUCUUAUUAGAAUAUUUUUCGUGGAAAAGGAAAUUUAAACAAGACAAAAAUAAGAAUUUUUAAUGUUUCUAUUUCAUGAAAAGAACUUUUCAUUCUGAAAAUUUUGGCUUCAAGUCACUUAUUUUUUGUGAAAUAAAAUUACUACAAACUUUUUUUAAAAUAUAGAUGUUUUAGAUAAAAAAAGAAUUCCGUGAUAAAUUGGUCAAAAUUAAUCAUCAAAAAUAAAUAAAAAUAUAUAAAAUUAAAACAUCUUUCAUCUUCUAAAUGUUUAAAAAGAAAAGCUCAAGAAUUUUCCAUUGGAGAACUUAUUUUAUAGGCCAAAAGAUUACUAUACAUAGCUGUCGUGUAAAGGCGUAGGAGUAUACUGAGAAAGUCUUGAGAAAAAUACAUUCAAAUUCAAGUAAAAGAAAUUGUUAAUAUCGUGUUAUUUGUGUUUUAUUAAAAAUUAAAUUUAAAAGAAAAUAAUAAAAUAUUAGUGAAAGAAAAUUUGUUGAUCAGUGUUAUGAGAAUCCCAUGAAGUGCCUUACAACCGUAAGUUAUUUAAGUAUACCUACCUAAUAAAAGAAUAACAUUAACAUCCACAUAGUUGUGAAGAAAAAAGUGAUGUUAUCACAAAUUAGUUUGAAAUUUUAUUGCUCAUUAAAAUGAGCAAAGAAUAUUCUACAAAAUUUCACUGAAAAAAGGAUUGUUAAAGAAAAAAAACAACACCUAACCCCAUGGAAAAACAAAUGAUAACUGUUGUAAAAAAAAAUUAAAGAAAAUCAAACUAUGUAGAACAAAGUAUUAUUAAAAGAAUUUUAACAUUGUUUCAAGUAAUUUUUGUUAAUCCAAUAAAGGAUGAAGGAGGAAGAAAAAAGAAGAUAAAUUAAGGUUAAAGUACAAUUUUGCCAUACAAUUAGAAAAAUAUGGUGUUUUAUCAUUUAACAAAAAAAAGAGAAGAAAAUGAAAAUGAAAUCUGUAGCAAUUUCAUGUAGAAUUUAGGAAUAAUGUAAUAGAAAAUAAUUUCAAGAGUGUCUCCUUUGCAUGGAGGAGAAAUGAGACAGUGAAAAGCAAAAGAAUGAGAAAAUAUGAUUAUAAAAUAUACAUUAAACAUGUUUAUUAUUUAUUUAUGCUAAGAUUAGUUGAUGUUUAAUGAAAAUAAAAUGUUCUUAUUGAAA